GGACCAGGAGGCCACUCUCAACUCCGCCAGUCGCCAGUCACAGUGGAGAACUCUUGGAUGAUAGAGCGAUACCCUCCAUCUCUCUCUAUCUAUCUCCAGCAGACCCUCCUAAUCAUACAUACAUAUUCUCUUUUAUACAUGUACUUGUAUUAGUUUUACAUUUUACUUCUCGACAACAUCGAUCGAAUUUCUCUUUUUUUUUGAACUUUUAUUUGAGUUUUGAAAUUUUAUUGCUUGGUUCCCUCGUUUUACUCCCCCACUGGGCAUUUGUGCUUGACUAGAAGAGAAAGAGCGGACUCGAUAGUGACUUCAUUAGACUCGGUCCUUUUCUGCACAUCUCCCCCGGACACGCAUCACUCGACGACGACGACUAAUUCGCGUUCACCGUCCGCUUAACAUUUGGGGGGCCAAGUGGGACGUCGUUUUCUAACAUUUUUUGGUCUAAACAAAUCUUGUUGGGGGCGAGAGAGAGUUGACUGUUAACCGACGAGUUAAAAGAAGAUCAGAAGCGACAAACUCGGUACCUAUAGACGGAGGAGGAGAACAUCAUCGAGUGAAUUACGUGCAUCAUGCUGAGCUGACAAAGUGGGUCCUGCCGCUGACAUCUCAUCAACCCAACGCUCGUCGUCGUCGUCAUCGGGACGUGCUCAACACUUGAUCUUCCCUCGGUAGAAGAAGAAGCAAAAACCUGCGGGUGGGAGAGGAGAGAGAAAAAGAGGAGUGCCAUAGUCACCCAUUCGCCUCGGUGUCUGUCUACUAGCGAAUCAAUCGAUUCUCCGUGACCGAUUAAAUAACCAACAGAAGCAGAAAGAAGAAGAAUCGUGAAAAUGGCGCCAUUUUCAAAUUGCCAAAGGAGUGCCGCCGUUGGGUUAGUCCUGUUGGCCUCGUUCUUCUUUUCCGUCUGCUGGACGUCGGCAGCGGCCGUCGACGGCCAGAGGACAUGGCGGAGGCGGCACAAUGGCGAUCUUCAUCAGCACAAUGGAGCAGCGGCGGCGACGGACGGCCUUGGUGCCGUGAGUGGACGGCAGAGAAGAGCCGAGUGGACGUGCCCGCAGGUGAGCGAUUCGUCUCGUUCGCCCGGCAUCUCGUGCCAAUGCGAUUUGCCGCACACGCUCCGCUGCUCGGGCGCUGCCGGGCAGAGCGAGUCGGAGAAUCAGGUCUCGUUCAUCAUCGGGGCUCUGAGGGUCUUGCCGCUCGAGCAGUCCGUCUCCCUGCUGGACCUGUCCAUCCAGAAUUUCAGCCGCCUCAGUCCGUACCUGUUCGAGCGGGUCACGCUCCACGGACUGGUCAUAUCGUCGGGUGAGAUCCAGGACGUGUCGCAGCAGGCCUUUGCCGGCCUGGCCCAGUCGCUGACGGCCCUGGGUCUGCCCAACAAUCGAUUGGUCAGCGUUCCGUCGGAAGCGCUCGGCUCGCUCGUCCAUCUCGAGCGACUGGACCUGUCCAACAACCGCAUCCAAUCCAUCAGCGGCCAGCCGUUCGCCGGACUCGACCGGCUCCGGUUCCUCGACCUCAGCGGCAACGCCCUGGAGACCAUCGCCCCGCAAGUCUUUGCCGCCCCUUCCGGCCUGCGGAGUCUCCAGCUGCGCUCCAAUCUCCUGGAAGCCUCUCAACUGGUUCCGCCAGCCCUGGGCGGCCUGGUCAAACUGCAGGAACUCGAUCUCGGCUACAACCGACUGCGCGGCCGGCUGACCAGCACUUUCCUCCAAGGUCUGGACAAUCUCCUGACGCUGGAACUGACGGGCAACAACUUGACGCUGCUCAAACGCGGCAUGCUCAGCGGACUGAAGCGGCUCCGCACUCUGCGGCUGGCCCGCAACCAGAUCGAUGUGAUUGAAGAUCAAUCUUUCCUCUCGCUGGCCGCGCUGACGUCGCUGGACUUGAGCCACAACGGAGUCGUCGCUAUUUCCGGACAGUCCCUCUCUCAUCUCAACGAUUUGACUCAGUUGGAUCUGAGCCACAACUACUUACGAGCGGUGACGUCGGACCUGGUCGACGGAUUGCCCAGCCUCGAGUCGCUCGACCUCACCGAUAACGACAUCUCCCUGGUCGAGUCCGGAGCGCUAACCAACCUGCCAAAGCUCAUCCAUCUGUCACUCACUGAUAACCCGUUGAAUUGCGACUGUCACAUGGUCGAUUUGGCCAGAUGGUUGCGCAAUUCCACCGGCAAUCCAGCGGCGGAUGAUUUGAACCGAAGAUCGGCCGUUUGCGCCACUCCGCCAGCGCUGGAAAACGGAUUCCUGUUUGAAGCGGAAGCGGAAGCGUUGACGUGCGACGUCCAGCAGACCAGUGGCGGUGAAUCGUCGCCUUACAACAACAACAACGGCCAGGGCCAGCAGCACGGCGAGGGUGACGAGGAGAGCAACAACAAUUUCUUGUCGUCGCAACCCACCGAGGAUUUCAUCCGGCUCUCAUCCGCCCAGGUGCAAUUCGGCUCGGCCGAGCUGGAAGGCUCCACCCUCUUGCACACGAUGUGGACGGUGGAUUCUGCGACGUUGCCUUACACAUGCGACGCCAUUCUGGUCUACGAGCUCAACGAGGAGCACGAAGCGCUGCUGGAUUCCUAUCCGGUCCGCUGCCACUCGGAGGAGCGGCCCAACAAGCAGCUCCAGCUGACCGUCAAACUCAGCGACAACAUGAAAACGGACGGCCAGUAUCGACUGUGUCUCGUCCUAUUCGAAGGCGGACACGACGACGAAGCUUCGCUCCUGCCCGGCUGCUCGCACUCGAUGACGUGGCAAACGCUGAAGCAGAAUCACGACGGUGACGAGGAGGAAGUGCCGGCCAACUCCGACUCGAUCCGUCACGACGGCUACCUGCUGGAAGCCCAUCACGUCUCGUCUGCCGGAAUGCCGACGCAGAUCACGGCCUUUUACGCCAACGUCAGCGCCCCCCAGUCCGUUUCGGUUUACAUGAGGAUUCCGGACGCCCUUCCGGCCUGCCAGUUCACCGUUGCCGUUUUCGAGAAGCAGCGGCUGCUGGCCCUGAAGCGGCUCAACUGUUCCACGACGUCCUUCACUUUCGGCCAGCUGACGGAGAGUCGCGACAGCAACCCGUUGCAGCAGGCCACUUUGGCUAACCCCAUCGAUUACCCCAUCGAGGAGUACCAAGUGUGCGCCACUUUUGCCCAGCAGGGCCAAUUCCUCCCGCCGCCGGAUGGUGAGCGCCAGGCGGAUGGGGACAUCAUCCUGACGGCCAGCAAAGGGCGGAGCAGCAGCAGCAGCAUCGCCAUUUCGUCUCUUGGUAGUCCGUCGUCGUCGGUCACGGUGAAUUCGUCGAGCGUCGUUCAAUAUGAGCACUGCGUCGUGGCCAAAGUGCCCAACCGGAUCUGGGCGGUUGAGAACACGCUGGUGGUCAUAGCCGUGACGGUGGUGUUCGUCCUGAUCGCCGCCGCUUUGCUCCUGCUGACUUACCUCCUGGCCAGACGGGUCUUCUUCCGCCGGAGUAAACUGCUUUGGUGCAGCUCGUCGUCGGAUCCUUUGAGCUCGUCGGUUCCCAAGGCGACCAGCCGACACAUUUUAUACGUCCCGGAGAACGACUAUUUCACCGACUCGGCCUGCAGCAGUAGCGGAUCGGAUCACCGCGAGGAAACUUCAACUAACGUCUGAUAUCAUCAUCAUCAUCAUCAUCAUCUCAACCCUUAAAAAGAAAAGAAUCAAAUUUAAAACAUGGAAAAAGACCCGCAGGGGGGGACAGAACCGUCGUCUACAUAUUAUUACGUCAAAUAAAAGCUUUAAUAAUAAUAAUAAUAAUACUAUCUUUUCUCUUUGAUAUCUAUACGUGUCAUUCUUCAUUUUUCGUCGAGUCCCUCGAGCGCGGUCAUUUUUAAUUUUAAAUUUUUUGAUUUUUUAAAUUUAGUGCCAAAGUCGAGCUUGAUCCGCGCAUAUUUUCUGGCGUCAUUUCGUGUGUGUGUGUCUCUCUCCAUUGGAAUAAUCACUAAUAUUUGUACCAUAGAAAACUUUUGUACAGUUGGCACAUGUAUUUUCUCGACUAAACAAUUGAGGGGGGAAAGAAAAGAAAGUGAAAAUCGUUGGCGUCAUCGGAUCGAUUAUCCGAGUCGUAUUAUUAAUAAAAAUUUUGUGUUGGUUCAUUUUUCAUCCGCGUCGUCUCUUUUUUGGGGAAGUUGCGUGGUAUAUUGUUCUCCCCCCCCCCUCCAUUUCUAAUCUUUUAUCAUCCUCGACGAACUUUUUUCUUUUUUUUUUUUUAAUUUGGCGUCUAAUUUUCACGCUGGCCGAACUUUCUUAAUUUGAUUGUUGUGUAAAAGGUUGGAAAUGCUGGCGGAAAGAGUCUGAGAUUCUUCGAAAAAUGUGAAAUCCUGCGCAGGAGCUGUUAUUUGCUGAUCUGUGUGUGUGUGUGUGUGUGUGUCUCCCCCUCAUCAUCUCCCUGUCUUAUUAUUGUUAUACAAAUCACGUUGUGCAUAUUAUAUACGAUCACUCUUGUACAGUACAGCUCAUGAAUAAAGACAACACACACAUCCCUAUA